UACUUCCGAGUUCAGAGUUUAGUGGGCGUGUCAUGGGCCAAUGUCUACCGCGAGUUUCUUCUUGAUUGCUCGCUGUCAACGUUCACAGAAAGUCGACUGUACACAGUUUGAGGACAAUGAAGCAAGAAGUGGCUGACCUCCCGAGUGGGCCGCUGGACGUCUACAGACGAAAAGCUUCUUUCCCGUGGAAGGACAUGCUUAUAUUUCUGGACGGAGAGGAGGCGAUGGCGUUGAAGCAACGAGUCUUCACGGCAUUGGAGAAUGAUCCGGUUUUCUCCAGGAGGCCGGGUGAAGACCUCCCUCUGGAGAAAAUGCGAGAACUCACUUUCCUCAGGGUGAAGCAGCUGUUCCGCUACGACUUUCUGACCAAUGACGAGGCCAUGGCCGACCCCUGGAAGACGGUGGUCCUCAAUGACUGCUUGGGCAUGUUUGACUGGUCCUUGGCGGCCAAGUUCUUCCUCAGCAAAGGGAUGUUUGCAAGGACGGUCGCCAGCAGCGGCUCAGCGCGACACCACAAGUUUGUGGACGCCAUCGACGAUAUGACGGCAUACGGAUGCUUCGCGCUGACCGAGCUGAGUCACGGCAGCAACACCAGAGCCAUGAGGACCACUGCCACCUAUCAGCCGUCCACGCAGGAGUUUAUCAUCAACUCUCCGGAUUUUGAGGCAGCCAAGUUUUGGGUGGGUAACCUAGGGAAGACGGCAACCCACGCGCUGGUGUUAGCGCAGCUCUACACGGCAGACGGGGUUUGCCACGGCCUGCACUCCUUUGUGGUCCCGGUGAGAGAUCCCAAGACGUUGUUGGCGUUGCCUGGCGUGUUGGUCGGCGAUAUGGGCAAGAAGCUGGGCCAGAACGGACUCGAUAACGGGUUCGCUCUUUUCCACAACGUGAGGAUCCCAAGGGAGAAUCUCCUGAACAAGACGGGAGACGUGACCCCCGCCGGUACUUAUGUGACGCCUUUCCAGGACCCCGACAAGCGUUUCGGGGCAUCCCUGGGCGCCCUGUCCGGAGGCCGGGUGUCCAUUUCCAGGAUGGCCCUGGUCAACCUCAAGCUGGCCUUGACAGUGGCGGUCCGCUUCUCCGCCACCAGGAGGCAGUUCGGGCCCAAGGACGGCCAGGAGCUGCCCGUGCUGGAGUACCAGUUGCAGCAAUGGCGUCUGAUUCCGUACCUGGCGGCGGCAUACGCUCUGGAGCGCUUCUCCAAAUCCCUCUUCGGCAAUUUCGUGGAGUUUAGCAUGCGGCAGAUGAUGCGGGACCACUCGGACACACAGGCUGAGUUGGGCAGGGAGCUCCACGCCCUGGCCUGCUCCGGCAAGCCCUUGGCCUCGUGGACGGCUCAGCGCGGGAUCCAGGAAUGCCGCGAGGCGUGUGGGGGUCAUGGUUACUUGGCUAUGAACCGCCUGGGCAAUCUGCGCGACGACAACGACCCCAACUGCACUUACGAGGGGGACAACAACGUCUUACUGCAGCAAACGAGCAACUACCUGAUGGCGUGGAUGGACGCCAAGCGACGUGAUGGCAUGCGGAUCCAGUCCCCUCUUCACACCGUGGACUUCCUGGACGAUUUCCACCAAAUCCGAGACGGCGGCUUCUUGGCGCGCACGGUUGACGACUGCAUGGACUCCGCAGUGGCGUUGGCGGCCUAUAAGUGGCUGGUGUGCUUCCACCUGGAGGAGAGUCACGAGCGGCUGCAGCAGCUCCGGUCUUUGGGCCAAGAUGACUUUGAGGCCCGAAACAAUAGCCAGGUGUACUACUGUCGUGACCUGGCGUUGGCCUACAUCGAACACUGCUGCCUCCAGCGGUUCCACGAGUGGACUCGAGACGAUGACACGCCGAGCCAUCUGCGAGCGGUCCUCCAGAAGCUUUGUGCGCUUUAUGGACUGUGGAGCCUCAGCGGCCACAUGGCCACAUUGUACCGAGGUGCUUUCCUGAGCGGAAAGGAGCCGGCCCACUUGAUCCAGACGGCCAUUCUUACUCUCUGCGCACAGCUGAAGGACGACGCGGUGGCGCUGGUUGAUGCCAUGGCCCCGCCGGAUUUCAUCCUCAACUCCCCCAUCGGCAACGCUGAUGGACAGCUGUACAAGAACCUUUGGUCCACGGUGAUGCAAGGCCACCAAGCGCUGGAGCGGCCGUCGUGGUGGAAAGAAUUCUGUGCCGACAAGCCCGUCGUGGGAUCCCUGCGGGCCAAACUGUAGACGGCAGGCCAGCGUACCCGCCGCGCACACACUUGGCUCCGUUUUUUAUGCCUUUGCUUCCGCUCUGUUGUACUCGCCACGAAAACACCGUUUAUGAAUGGGACUAAAUGCGAUUAGCAAUGUGACGAGACGAGGCGUUUUAAACAAACGCAUGGCUAAUUCUAAUGAUUUAGGAGUCGGGAGUGAGAAAUGAUUGCCAAGGCAGUCAACUGCCAUGACCAUUCUUCAUUUAUUCCAAAAUCAAUGCUAUGCUAUGACUCGCCUCUCACCCGUAGAUGAUUAUUCCUGCCUAUCUGGGAGAAAAAAAAAAGCUUUUUCUGCACCACAUUUGUU